AUGGGAUCAGAUCAGAUUAUUGCAACAUUGGGAAUCAUAAAGUUCCCAGAUUAUACACCAAUCUCAACCAUCUCUAGGCUGCUGCAACGAUUCUCCAACCUCAAGAAGAUAAGGUUCUGUAACUUCAGAGGAGACCUGAAUGAAGCUGUUGUUUUGAUUGCACGGUCAGGGUUGGACUUGGAAGAGUUGAUUUCUUUGUCAUACGAUCAAUAUAAACGAGCAGUUUGGUAUGAGGAGGUGGGUUCAAACAUGAAGAAUCUGAAAGUACUCAAAUAUUCAGGUGGACAUGGAGAUGUUGAUCUUGUCAGAAUAGCAGACUCGUUUCCUAAGCUUGAAGAAUUUUAUAUCGAUCAUGAAGGAGUGUAUACUAUUACGGUGACUGAUGAAGGGGUGGAUUACAUGUCAUCCAACCUCAAGGGAUUACUUAAGAUAGACCUUUCGAACAGAGCAUUUAUAACAGAUAAAUCCCUUGUUUCUCUGUCAAAAAACUGUCCAUUACUAGAGCAUAUUAAAAUUUAUGAGUAUAAUAAAGUGACAGAAGAAGGAAUUUCAUUCCUUGUUAACAAUAGCCAUCAUUUGAAAUUAUUUUACAUAAGUAAAGAUCUUAAGAUUGAUACAUUUGGAGUCAAUGGCUCUUCUAGUUUCCUAACCAACUUACGAUCUCUAAGGCUCCAAGAUGUUGACAUAUCGGAUGAGUUUCUCUUUUCUAUAGCAGAAGCAUGA